AUGAAAAAGCGUGGCAAUAUUAAAGCAAACUUGAGUCCAAACAGGUUCCCCAUUGUGGAAUUCAUCACACAUAUCGCAUUUUACGGCACGAGGCUUAUACUCUACACUACUGCUCGUGGAACAAGCUUUAAAACACUAAACCAUGUAGUAGCUUCUGCGAGUGCCAUCAUUAUAGGAUAUGUGUUCUCACUGUUUUUAUUGGCGUUUGUUCUUUAUAAUCUUCUUAAAGAAAACACUUAUGGAUAUUGCCUGGCUGCUGUUAUGAUGCUUCACAACUUUCUGCUCUCUAUUACUAUUCUAAUGUUGAUGCGUGUCGAUAUUCGCAUUAAGCGCAGAUACUGGAUUGCUGGCCUUAUGAUUUCUACGAGCUAUAUUUUGGAGAUGUUCAUAACCAUAUUUUUCAUAUACAAAAAAAGAAAAGAAAGCAACAAGGCUGUUUUUCGGAAUAUUGGUGCUGAUCCAGCAAUCAAUGACAUGUUUUCAAUACGCCAAAGACUUCAGACAUUUGGCUCGAUAGAUCUAUUUAUUGCCAUUGUCAUAGCAAAAAACCUUUACUUACCUCCUCAGAUAUUUAGCUUUAAGUUUGAGCACAUCACGAUUGCAAUAUUAGCACUGACAGUGCUGCAGCACGUAUUUGUUUAUGCAAAGUUCCACGACGAGGAUAUAACACAGAGAAAGAUGGCAAUAGUGAUUACAAUCGUCAAAGCAGUAGUUGCUGCGCUGUUGAUUGUACUAAUAGCGGCAAAUUACACAUCAUCCGAGUAUCUAACAAGAGUUAUAAAGAUUAUGCUUUGCACAGAUCUUUUAGUGCUGACACUGGUCUUUCUCUACUAUCUGUGGAAGGACAUGAAGAAUUUUGGAAAGGGGCUAAAAAAGCACAUCCUGUUUAGGACACGAGAGCUUACGCUUUAA